AUGGGGAACAUACUGACCUGUUGUGUGUGCCCCAGGGCCAGCCCCGAGUUGCACAAGCACCAGGGGUCGGUGUGUCACUGUGAGUCUGAGAUCUAUGAGGCAGCGGCUGGGGACCUGAUAGCAGGAGUGCCUGUGGCUGCUGCUGUAAAGCCUGGUGAGGUGACUUUUGAAGCUGGUGAGGGCCUCCACAUGCACCACAUCUGUGAACAGGAGAUGCCUGAAGAUACACCUUUGGAGCCCAACCCUUCUGACCAUCCAGAGGCAAGCACAAUAUUCCUGAGAAAAUCUCAAACAGAUGUACAAGAAAAAAGAAAAAGCAACUAUACAAAGCAUGUAUCUACUGAGCAUUUUACUCAACAAUACAGUUCAUGUUCAACAAUAUUCCUUGAUGACAGCACAGCCAGCCAGCCUCAUCUUACAAUUACACUAAAAUCUGUGACCUUGGCAAUAUAUUAUCAUAUCAAGCAAAGAUGAGCUUUUUUAAACCUAGAUGCAGAUAGAUCUUUGGGCAUAUUUGAUGAAUGGUUACGCCCACUUACAUGAAAAGAGGUUUUGGAGGAAUAUUUUAAGUAUGGUCCUGAACACAAAUUGAUUUUCAGAUUUGUUCAUACUCUGUUUAAAGCCAUGAGGCUAACAGCUGAAUUUGCAAUCAUAACUUUAGUUUAUUUACAUAGACUUGUAAGUUAUGCUGAUAUCGACAUUUGUCCAACUAACUGGAAGAGGAUUGUCUUGGGAGCCAUUCUUCUUGCCUCCAAGGUUUGGAGUGAUAUGGCUGUGUGGAAUGAGGACUACUGCAAGCUCUUUGAGAACAUUACAGUUGAAGAAAUGAAUGAGUUGGAAAGGCAAUUCUUGAAGCUAAUUAAUUAUAAUAUCAGCAUUACUAGCAGUGUUUAUAGCAGAUUCUACUUCGAUCUUCGCACCUUGGCACACAACAACAGCCUGUAUUUGCCAGUUUAUCUUCUUGACAGAGAAAGAGCAUGGAAUCUGGAGGCUUUUUCAAGGAUGGAACAAGACAAAGUUUUCUAUAGUGCUGCCAAGAACGGGUCUUCGAGUGCUGAUGAUUUAAUUCAUCUUCAGCAUGCUAAUGCCAUCCUCUUCUGAAGGAAGAAAUGAGGAGUAAUGUAACAUCUGAACCCCUCAUCAAAAAAGACAGGAAAAUAUCACCUCUCCUGCUAAAGAACUAGAAAAGUUAGUAUUUUCAAAAGAAGAAACACCUCAAUUCAAGUUAACUCAAGGACAACUAAGAUUGCACUUUGUAGUAAAGAAUGGGACCUCGUCAGGGCAACAACACACUCUUACACUCUUCUGUCCUGUUUAGUGUAAACAGAGUUAUAAAAACCACUCCAAAGUGAAGACUCCUGCCCAUGCACAGAUAUUUGCUUAGUGUGUGGGCUGAUAGCUGUGAACUAUGUAAGGCUUUUAAAACAAUAGUUUAACUUUUUAGAUUUUAAAGAUAACUUUUCUGUUUCUUUUAUGUUUUUUUCUUUUCCCCAAUAUUCCUGCAUAUGCAUUUGGAAUCAGUGCAGUAUCACUGUUAAAACAUGGGAGUCUAACAACUCCUAAAGCCACUAGGAGCAGUCCCAGCAUUGUCAGGUAUGGAAGGGCUCUUCCUUCCUACUUUUACCAUGGAAGCUACAGUUACUGGCGAUCAUCAAGCAAAAGCUGCCAAGUAACAUUUGCCAUUC